GAGAUAGAGACUGACAUGAAGCAAUCAAAGUUCAAGAGGAUUUGUGUUUUCUGUGGGAGUAGCCAAGGCAAGAAGACUAGCUAUCAAGAUGCUGCUAUUGAGCUUGGCAAAGAAUUGGUCUCAAGGAACAUUGAUUUGGUCUAUGGAGGGGGUAGCAUAGGCCUAAUGGGAUUGGUUUCACAAGCUGUUCAUAAUGGUGGUCGGCAUGUCAUUGGAGUUAUUCCCAAGACGCUCAUGCCUCGAGAGUUAACUGGUGAAACAGUAGGGGAAGUGAAGGCAGUUGCAGAUAUGCAUCAAAGGAAAGCAGAGAUGGCUAGACACUCGGAUGCUUUUAUUGCCUUACCUGGUGGUUAUGGCACUCUGGAGGAGCUACUUGAGGUGAUAACCUGGGCUCAACUUGGCAUUCAUGAUAAACCGGUAGGGUUGCUGAAUGUGGAUGGAUAUUACAAUUCAUUGCUGUCAUUUAUUGACAAAGCUGUGGAAGAAGGCUUCAUUAGUCCAAGCGCACGCCACAUCAUUGUAUCUGCACCAACCGCGAAGGAGUUGGUCAAGAAAUUAGAGGAGUACGUUCCUCGUCAUGAAGGAGUUGCUCCAAAGUUGAGCUGGGAUAUAGAGCAGCUUGGCUAUCCUCAACAGUAUGACAUUUCCAGGUGAAAACUGGAGCUGCUGCACAGAAGAUCUUAUUAGAUAGAAAUUUGGCAGUUGAAAGAGCUAACUUGAAAAUUUUAGAUUUUUGAUGCGGGGAAUUCUAUUUUUGUAAAUUACUGCGGCAAAUGACCUAAAUUAUCUGAAACUUCACUAUUCCCCUCACUUGAAAGUUUGGUUUCCUUUAUAAGCUGUAAGUACUAGAUGCAUAUGAAAUUCUCCAUUUAUGGUGACUUCACUGUUUUGUUCUGUUUCCUAUUGCUUUUCCUGUUGAAGUGUGACUAUGUUUAC